GAGCUUCCGGGGUCUGUAGCUGGAGCGCCGGAGGAAGAGCAGGAUCAGCUGAACUACAGAAGUUAUGGAGAAGUUUCUCUUUCUGGAGGUUGUUUGAUGUGUUGUAACAGUAAAUAGAAAUGAAAAUAUUCUCCUGAAAUUCACCACCAACAACCAGGAUAUUUAUCAAAAGAUCAAAGUUAAACUGCUGAAAGAGGGGAAGCACAAGCCAUCCUGAAGAAUCUGGAGAACACACAAAAAUAGUUUGCUACAUUUAACAGACAAAUAAAGCCAAGUCCCAACAUGGAGAAACAUCAGCACUCUGUCAAGAGUUUUACUAAACAGAGUGAUCUCAAAAACCAUCAGCGCAUUCACACAGGAGAGAAACCGUAUUACUGCACAGACUGUGGGGGGAGUUUUAAUCGACAGAGUCAUCUCCAACAACACCAGCGCAUUCACACAGGAGAGAAACCGUAUCACUGCUCAGACUGUGGGGGGACUUUUAAUCGACAGAGUCAUCUCCAACAACACCAGCGCAUUCACACAGGAGAGAAACCGUAUCACUGCUCAGACUGUGGGAAGAGUUUUAAUCAACAGAGUACUCUCAAAACACAUCAGCGCAUUCACACAGGAGAGAAACCGUAUCACUGCUCAGACUGUGGGAAGAUUUUUACUACCCAGAGUGAACUUAAACGACACCAGCGCAUUCACACAGGAGAGAAACCAUAUUACUGCUCAGACUGUGGGAAGAGUUUUAAUCAACAGAGUACUCUCAAAACACACCAGCGCAUUCACACAGGAGAGAAACCGUAUCGUUGCUCAGACUGUGGGAGGAGUUUUACAGCACAGAGUGAUCUCAAAAAACACCAACGCAUUCACACAGGAGAGAAACCGUAUCACUGCUCAGACUGUGGGAAGAGUUUUACUGAACAGAGUAGUCUCAAAAACCAUCAGCGCAUUCACACUGGAGUAAAACCAUAUUACUGCUCAGACUGUGGGAAGAUUUUUACUACACAGAGUAAUCUCAAAAAUCACCAGCGCAUUCACACAGGAGAGAAACCGUAUCACUGCUCAGACUGUGGGAAGAGUUUUACUACACAGAGUAAUCUCAAAAAUCACCAGCGCAUUCACACAGAAGAGAAACCGUAUCACUGUUCAGAUUGUGAGAAGAGUUUUGCUAAACAGAGUCAACUUAAAAAUCAUCAGCGCAUUCACACAGGAGAGAAAACUGUCCCAAAUUUGUUCCACGGCAAUAAAAAGCGCAAAUCGUAAAUCUUUCAGACAGAACACCUUAUCCUACACAAAUGUUUCACUUUGUCACUUGGGACACGUUCCACCAGAAAUAAACAUGAACUGAAUUUAACAACGGAUUUUACAGAUUCAUUAAAAUGAAUCUGAUCCAGAUGAUGUUUAUUGAAAUUAAUGUUAUGUUUUCUCGUAUGUUUGAUAUUCCAGGACAUUCUCUCGUUGAUGUACUUUUACUCUUUUCUAAUAUAUAUUUAUAUAUACAUAUGUGUAAUGCUGAAACUAUUUUUCCAGUAAACUUUCAUACAUUUUAUAUUCUAA